AUGCAGCCCCACAGAUAUCCGCGAAGUCGAUGCUCCGUUAUAUCUCCUGCCAAAACACCACUACGCACAGCCCUUUUCUUCCCCGGCCAUGGGGUUCAGCGCAUGGGAAUGGCAAAUCCAUGGCUUGAGAUGUUUCCCACAAUAUCCAACAAAGUCAUGAGCGAGGUGGACUCCACCUUGGGUUUCCCAUUGUCUCAGAUCAUAUCCCAGGGCCCUAACUCGGAGCUCAAUAAGACGGAAAACUCGCAACCCGCUAUCAUGGCUACAUCGUUGUUGAUACUCCGGAUACUAGAACACGAGUUCGGCUUCAAUGCAGAUACGCUAGUAGACGUUACCCUGGGCCACAGCCUGGGCGAGUUCACUGCUCUGGUUGCCGGGGGUUACCUUGAUUUUGGGGAUGCUCUAAGAUUGGUCAGACGGCGUGCAGAGAUCAUGUCCCAAUGCACGAGAAAGGCCUUCGAAACAACUGGAGAUGAAUAUGGCAUGGUAGCUCUUGUCUGCGAGCCUGAUCAUUUCCUGGAAUUGCUGGAAGCCAUUCACGACUUUCUUGGGCUCGCGAAGCCAGUAUUGAAAGACGACACUGAUCACGGGGCUUCAGCAUUCCAGGAUGUCAUGAUUGCAAAUAUAAACUCUAAUAACCAAAUCGUACUUAGCGGCAGUAUUGCAAAAAUCAGGACUCUGAUAGUCCAGCUCCGUCAAUUUGGAGGCCACGAUCCUCGCGCGGUGAAAUUAAAAUGCGAGAGUCCGUUCCACAAUCCUAUCAUGGCACCAGCUGCUGAAUACAUGCGGUAUGCCUUGGAGAAUAUCAACAUCAGAUUUCCCACACAUAUGCAAUUCGUAUCAAAUGUUUCAGGUCUGCCGACUAGUUCAAAAGCGGAGUUGAAGUCUCUGCUCUCUCGGCAAUGCGUUGAAACCGUUAGGUGGUGGGAUAGCAUACGAUAUCUAGAUCAGGAUCACGGUGUGACACGUUGGAUUGGAAUAGGGCCAGGGAGGGUUGGCAGAAAUUUGGUUGGUAAGGAAGUUGGCAAGAUCAUGGUCAAGGGUGGCGGUGUCUGGUCCAUAUGCGAUCCUCGGGAGCUGGAGGAUAUUUUGAGUGAUUUGGAAAAAUCGGGUACGGAUCCCUAG